AUGGACACCGAGUCGAAGACGUCGCCGCCCGACAAGGCCAACGAAAUGUACCGCAUCGUGCGAUGGGCGCCGUUGGAUGGCUUCGGAGCCGAGCACUUCCACCUCCAGACAACAGCCGAAGGCUUCCUCGCCCAGGGAACCGCGGUAGGAUCACGAGGCGACAACUCGUACGGGAUAUUCUACCGCAUCAACAUCAGCGCAGAUUGGCUCGUGCGAGACUUCGAGGUCCGCGAGGCAGGAAGCUCACACGUCCUCAAGCUCACGCAUGAUGGACACGGCCACUGGUCAAGCUCAGAAGGGCCGGUGCCUUCCCUCGACGGGUGCAUCGACAUUGACAUUGCGGCCACGCCCUUCACCAAUACGCUGCCCAUCCGACGUCUCGGGCUUCAAGAGGGUGCGACCCAGGCCAUCAGCGUUGCGUACAUUCCGGUGCCGUCGCUACAGCCCCUCCCAAUCGAUCAGCAAUACACAUGUCUCGAGGCCAAGCUGUACCGCUACGAGAACCUGACGAAUGGGUAUAGCGCCGAGCUGGUCGUCGACGAUGACGGCUUGGUUGUGGAUUACCCGAACGCGUUCAAAAGGGCAUGA